CCUCCCAGAGGAGAGCCCCCUAGUCAUCCCUACUUCUGUCUACACCAGCUGAGCAGUGAGAGGUCAGAAGAUGCUGUUGUCCCAACCUGCCGCAGAGGACUUCUCAAUGGCCAGGAUCCACCACAGUCAUUAAGAUUGCUCUCUUCUGGGCCUUGCAUUUGUGACCGAUUCCCCCUGGAGUUGUGUCUAUGUAAUUAUACUCUGACGUAUGUAACAUUACAUGUUGCCCAUGGGUCACUGAGGUGUCGUUUGAAGCCACCAACAGUGGUUUCUUCCAGCUUCUGGUUACCUUGUAUUCGUGCUAAGAUUACUCUGAGCCUAGCAUCUGCAACAUUUGAAGGCCCCGUGGAUGGUGUGACUGUAAAGUAAUUAGACCCGUUUUCGACAAAGGGAUCAAAUUAAUUCGUCAAGAGGCCUGAGAAGUCACACCUAGUUGUCACCAGGUCUGAGCAGGGACACCCUCCAUCUCACUAAUAGGACACGUGGUAUCUGAAACACCUGAGGUCCCAGGAUUUUUCGAGGACGUUAGAGCCGGGACUGCAAGUAGAAAACUGAGUUUCGUGUAGGAGAAACUCGCUCUUCCAUGUGCUAAGCAGAUCUCAGUCUUCAGUAAGAAGCAAAGGAGCCUAAGUAACAGGAACAUUUCUCAGCCCCCAAAUUGCCAGGGUUCCGUCUGCCAGAGCGCCCUGGACAGCCACAGGACAGAAAUCCGACCAGCCAGCUUCCUCUGUGAGCAGAGACUAAAAUAUUUUCAACUAUCCUCUGGUCUCCAUUCUGGUUAAUUGCUCCUCUAACACAGUCACUAGAAGCAUCAUCUCCUAGAAGACCAGCAUUCUCAUGAUUAUGGAGGCCUCUCUGUCCUUUCUGUGACUGGAGCGAUGCUGACCUCGGUUUCUUGGACCCAUUCUGACUCAGGAGCCUUCACGUAAAUGGGUCCAGUCAUGCCUCCCAGUAAGAAGCCAGAAAGCUCAGGAAUUAGCGUCUCCAGUGGGCUGAGUCAGUGUUACCGGGGCAGCGGUUUCUCCAAGGCCUUGCAGGAGGAUGAUGACCUUGACUUUUCUCUGCCUGACAUCCGACUAGAAGAGGGGGCCAUGGAAGAUGAGGAGCUGACCAACCUGAACUGGCUUCACGAGAGCAAGAACUUGCUGAAGAGCUUCGGGGAGUCGGUCCUGAGGAGCGUCAGCCCCGUCCAGGACCUGGAUGACGACACGCCCCCGUCCCCUGCCCACUCUGACAUGCCCUACGAUGCCAGGCAGAACCCCAACUGCAAGCCCCCCUACUCCUUUAGCUGUCUCAUAUUUAUGGCCAUCGAGGACUCUCCGACCAAGCGCCUGCCAGUAAAGGAUAUUUACAACUGGAUCUUGGAACAUUUUCCGUAUUUUGCGAACGCACCUACUGGGUGGAAAAACUCGGUGAGACAUAAUUUGUCGUUGAAUAAGUGUUUUAAGAAAGUGGACAAAGAGAGGAAUCAGAGCAUUGGGAAAGGGUCAUUGUGGUGCAUAGACCCAGAGUAUAGACAAAAUCUAAUUCAGGCUUUGAAAAAGACACCUUACCACCCAUACUCACACGUGUUCAAUACACCCCCUGCCUCUCCUCAGGCGUAUCAAAGCACAUCAGGUCCACCUAUCUGGCCGGGCAGUACCUUCUUCAAGAGAAAUGGAGCCCUUCUGCAAGAUCCUGACAUUGAUGCUGCCAGUGCCAUGAUGCUUUUGAAUACUCCCCCUGAGAUACAAGCAGGUUUUCCUCCAGGAGUGAUACAAAAUGGAGCACGUGUUCUGAGCCGCGGGCUGUUUCCUGGAGUUCGGCCGUUGCCAAUCACUCCCAUUGGAAUGACGGCAGCUGUGAGGAACGGCCUCAGCGGCUGCCGGCUGCGGACUGAGAGCGAGCCGUCGUGCGGCUCCCCGGUGGUCAGCGGAGACCCCAAGGAGGACCACAACUACAGCAGCGCUAAGUCCUCCACCGCCAGGAGCACCUCGCCGGCCAGCGACUCGGUCUCCUCCUCCUCGGCCGACGACCACUACGAGUUCGCCGCCAAGGGGAGCCAGGAGGGCAGCGAGGGCAGCGAGGGAAGCUUCCAGAGCCACGAGAGCCACAGCGAAACAGAGGACGACGACCGGAAACACAGCGCGAAGGAGGCCAAGGACGCCCUGGGGGACAGCGGCUACGCGGCCCUGCACAAGAAGCGGCAGCACUUGGCCAAGGCCAGGAAGGUCCCCAGCGACACGCUGCCCCUCAAAAAGAGACGCACGGAGAAGCCCCCCGAGAGCGACGACGAGGAGAUGAAGGAGGCGGCGGGCUCGCUCCUGCACUUGGCAGGGAUUCGGUCCUGUUUGAAUAACAUCACCAAUCGGACGGCAAAGGGGCAGAAGGAGCAAAAGGAAACCACGAAAAAUUAAAAACAAGUCACUGAUUUGUUUUGAACUUUCGGCCAUUUGGUUUUAGCAUGUCAGGAGAUUUCUAAUGAUUUGUGGCAAUAUCAGCGAUUUAUUAUUUUUUUUCUUUGUUUUUUUUUUUUGGUUUGGUUUUCUUUCUUUUCUUUCCUUUUUUUUUUUUAAUUUGCCCCUCCUUUGUUUUGGACCCUUAAGAGUUUUAUUUUUAAAGGAGAUUGAAGCCAUAGAACUCAUAUUGACACUCAGCUGUUUUACAAAAGCUUUUCAUUAUCUGAAGACAAAAAACAAAAAAAACAACAACAAAAAAAAAAAACCGAAAAAGCCAAAAUUACCAUUGCUUCCUCCAGCUUUGUCAGAAACACGUGGCUGAAUCCGCAGGGAUGCCAACGAUAAUGCCACGGGAACACACAUUCGGCACCUAGAAGGCACGUGUGCAAAGUAACCAUCUAUCAGGCCCAACCGUUAGGUUUAAAAAGUCAGGAUGUCCACCCAGCUGGGUUUGCUGAGUGAAUGCAUAUAAGGCACCUGGGGAGAAGGAAGACCCCUGGUCCCCUGAGAGCAGACCCAAGCUUGUAGCACUGGGCAUCAAAUUGUGCUAGGAAAAGCUUUGGUGUGGCCAUGAAGUGUGCAGGGAUGGGUGGACAGAAUCGGGGGUGGUCUCCAGUCCUUUGUGCUUCUUCGCUGGGAAGCCUAGUAGCCUGUUAGGAAAUGGACACUGGACCACUCGUUUAUACCAGGUGUCUGUGACUAAUGAGAGAGUGGGUCAGUGUUUAGUGAUGUUGCUAAUCUUUGAAUUUUGUUCUGUAUUAAGAGAAUAUUCCACAAGCCAUAAGCCUGAAGGUUGGCCCUGCACACACACCUAGACACACAUGCACGCACGUGUGCGUGCACACACACACACACACACAAAUAUGAGAGAACUGACACAGAAAGUGAGCUGUCUUCUUAACUGCCCAAGUGAAAAUCAAGUCUAGGAAAUUACAGUAGCUGUUAAGGAAGAAAAUAAUGGUACAGAUCUUUUUCUGUCAAAAUUAUUUGAUCCAAGUGAAAAACAAAAAACAAAAAGCUACACAAGCUGCCAUUAGUAUUGUGGUGUAUUUUUAAAAGAUCAAAGGCACAUUGAUGGACAAACAAAAGUAAAACACGGCAAAACAAAAACAAACAAAAAACUCCUAUACUGCCCUCAGAGUGGAGUUUGCAAUUAAUGUCAGGAUUCAUCUUUGCAAAAUCAGUGAUUUCCACAUUCAGCCAGUGUAGCCCGCAGAAAUUUCUGAUCCACAGUGCAUGGAUUCCUUUGAAAAAAGAAAAAAACAAAAAAAAGAAAAAAAUCAUAAAACAGACUUUUUUUUAUUCAAAAAUAACAAAAGUUCUUGUAAGGUAAAUAAUGUAUUUAGCAUGAAGCAUGAAUUAUUUUCAUAUAAAUAUAGAAAAUAGAGAAAAGGCUAUGCCUCUAAUUUUUAAGCCCUUAGGCUUAGAGGUUCUUUUGGUUUUCUCUUUUUUUUUCCUUCCUUUCUUUUUUUUUAGUUGUUUUUGUUUUCUCCCCCCCCCCCCCGUUUUUUUNCCCCCCCCCCCCCCCCAAUUAUUUUGUUUUGGUUUUUUGAAGCAGGUGUUUAAGGUUUAACCUUCUUCAGGGACAAAUUCUGACUGUUGGGGAAUCUUACUCUGCAAUAGAAAAUAUCUUCGUGUUCUGGUAGGGCCUGGAUGGUGGAGCUCUGUACUGCCUUGUGUGCACUUCAGCCCCUGACCCCGAUUCUCUGUUGAAAAGUGUGUCCUUUCUCUUUGUCUGUACAUGUUUACCAUGACGCAAUAAUUUGAGGGCAAACUUAGUAGUGAGUGUGUAUGAUAGAAUCAAGAGAAUUUCUAGGACGCCGACUUGAGAAAACCAUUACCGAGAUUUGGUUCUAGAAAGAAGGCAGUGAAUAAUUAUGCAAAUUCGCCAGAAGAAGGGGAAGCACGCUAAUGGGCCUUAUUGGAUGAGGGUGUGAGUUAGGGUAUGCGUGAAGGAGAAAGUGACGUGGGCAUUGGAAGGACCAGCCCCAGACAGUUUUCCUGUGACGCCAUCUCACAGUGGGAAGGAGGGGCCGGCCACCUCUGUCACCUCGGCACAUGAACCAGCCUGGAAUUGAAGCCCACCUAGGUUGUGAGGGCUGAAUUUAGACAACCGGAUGAUGUCACGCAGACCAGAAACUCCUUUUGUCUUUGCCUAAAAGAAAUUACCUUGGGAGAUCCAACGAGAAAGCUCUGAAAUCUUCCACCCACACGAAGGGGAAUUUUGGGAGGGAGGGACCUGGGAGAUGGUGAUCUUUAAAAAUGGGACAGUCGUGGGUCACUGCGGAGCCCAUCGAUCAGCAGCAGGCACGGUCAGGAGCUCCAUCAGCCAGAACAGAGGGAAGUAUCUGGCGUGUACCCCACGAUUUGCUUCCUCUGGGUUGCUGAUAAGAGAACCUGGAGAAAAAUAAAAGUCUACAUCCCUAUGACAGGUCCAGUUCAGUACCUGAACCUGAAUACUUCUAGCAUAUUUGUUCCAGGUGUAGAUGGGGGAAAGGAUGUAUUACUGAAGUGCUCUGUUCCCUCCAUCUCCCCAAAUAUCUGAUGCCCCAAAAGCCGUGUCAGCCGUGGAGCCUGAGCGACACUUUGAUUCGUGUUGUCACCUGAUCGAACCCAGAAGACACCCCCCCACCCCUACCCUCACCCCCAACCCCAGGAUAAGAUUCAGACUUCCCUCCUGAAAGGCAGAGGUGGACAUCCAGGACUGUUUCUGGCGGGGACUUCUUCCAGUUAACCCCCCCCCCCACAGUGGGCUGUCUCCCCUCACUUCAUUUUUCUAAAGGAGCAAAGACCUCUUUUAGAAAAUAAGAAAAUGCAAUGUGUGUGAUUUACUUUUCUGAUCUCUUUGAGAAAUAGAUAACUAUCUUAUAAAAGUGUGUUCUUAACUCCAGAACCACUCUUUUUGCAUAAAUACCUCAUCGGGCAGCUUUCUAAGUGUUAUUUUCCUGAGUCUCCCUCAGCACCUCUGUAGGGGCCGCUGGGUGACUUGCAGGGGAAACUUUAGUGAGGGUACUUUUUUCUAUUUUUCUUCUGUUUUUGGAGGCAUACACAUUAUGCAUAACCAAAACAAUGGCUCAAUUGUGUUUAACUUUGUAUUUUGAUUGUUGAGAAAAAAAAAAAAGUAUCGAUGUGUAUGUGGCCGUUUGUAGUGAAGUCAUUGCAGAAUGAGGUUGUCCAUGUCCUCACCACGUCAGGGGGCAGGAGGCACCCUCUCUCACUCCCUCCUCCAAGAGCAGUAGAGAUUUUAAGCACAAGCCUAUUUGUGAAAGAAUAUUUUGCUCAAAUGUAACUCACUUUAGUCUUGGAAUUACUUCCCAAACGUCAGGUGUCCCUUUAGCUUCCAAAACUAGCGUAUGUAUUCAUUAGUCUGCCAGAUCGCCUGAGCACCGUUCAAGGGGUGUGGUGUUUUUGCUUUCGCUUCUCCUGCUGGGAGAAGUGGCAUUUCGUGUGUCAUUCCAGUAUCUCACAUACUCACAUGGGGCAGGGGGGAGGGGGAGACGGGGAACUAUAGCAAUAUUUAAAGAUGCUUUGGAAAACAACCAUGAACACAUCAGCACCAUGACAUCUACAGUUACUUGCUGUUGGCCCUCGGACACAUUUAAGAGAAAGAGACUGUAGCUCUUUCUCCUUAAAUGAUAUACACAUAGACAGUUAUUUUUAUGCUACUACAAUUGUCUUUUAUCUUUAUCUAGUACUAUGUGGAAAGGGUUUGCAUCAUAGAUUUUUCCCAGCCUUAUAUGCCAUAAGCUCCUACUUCCCUCUCUAAUCAAUAUACGUUUCAAGGGUUCUUUGGUAAAGCUGUCUAUUUGGAAUUAAAAUGAACCAAACCCACAUUUAGGUGGUAGUUUGAUAUGGCCCAGACGACUGCGGCAGGUUUCAGUCUGGGGGCUGAGUUUUUAAGAAGGGAUAUGUCAGAGGCUUUUCCCAAGAGCUGUUUUUUUGUUGUUGUUGCUGUUGUUGGGUUUUUUGUUUUUUUGUUUUUGUUUUUGUUUUGUAGAGGCACUUGACGUGUCUGGUCCUUUUGCUGGGUGCGGCAGUAACUACCACAGGGCAAUUUUAGAAGCUGCCUUUGCACUGAAUGGCAUUCCCGGCCCGGGGACAAAUUCAGGCUGUGGGCUCUGUAGAGUGAAAACCGUCCAGAAGUCUCUUGUGCCCAGCCCAGUCCUCGGAUGCACUGGGACUGCCCAGCAUCAAGUGCUACCAACUCACAUCCCAGUUACCCCACGCUACGCGCGUGAGCUCUUGGCCUCUCCUUGAAGGGCUUUUGGAGAAGGAAUCAGAGUUCUGUACAAGUGACCUACAUGGGAGGGUUUUCCAUAGGGGAUCAGAUCAAAUUCAAUGUGACUUCUCUUUUCCCUUUAAACUUGAUUCAGGUUUGGGACUCGUUUCUUUCUGGUGGAUCACAGCUGCCCAGAUGUUGCCAUUUAUUUUUAUGUUUCUGUAGAGAAGUAUUUUUUUCUUUCAUCUUCAGGAGUUUUGCCACCAAAAGAACACAUUUGAACUCUGUGUCCCCUCUUGAUUGUGACUUACCAGUGUUGACAGUUAAAUCCUUAGUGUCCUAGGUCCCAGCCCUCCAAUACUAUAUCAAACACUGUUAUGCACAUAAUGCAGCACUGUGAUCUAAUUUAAAUAAUACUUUUUUAUUAUUUAUACUACUAUAUAUAAUAUACAUCAACACUUUUGCUAUAUAACCUAAGUGAUAACCCUCUUUUAGUUACCUUCCAAACUCGGGACUUUGGUUUAUAUUGCAGUUAACACAGUUACAGAGUUGUAAUGGUGUCUUUUUUCUUUGUAACGGAAUGUGUAAAUCAAAGUAUAUACAUUGUGUGGUGUUCCUGUUUCUGGAGUUUCAUGAGGAUUUACACAUGGCAUUCAGUGUUCUGUAUAGACCCGCCUACCUUUGUGAAUUCAUCUGUUAACCCCUCUUUGAGAGAGCACCGGAGGUGGUUAACUCCUUGUUUUUUUCUCUCUCUCCUACUGGUUAUUCUUGAAUUAAGCACAGACUCGUCAGCUCGGUUGCUUUAUCAUGAAUAAUGCGUGUGACCUUGAAAUUCUUCCACAGUUCAGCAAACAAGUGCUAGCUUCACUGACCAAAAAUUAAGGAAGGAAAACACGAUUUUCAAAACGAUCCAUCUUUUAACAGCCGAAAACCGAUGUGUCUAUGGUGCUGCAUUUUGCUGUCUGUCGUACUUUUGAAAUCAGACCUAGGUGAAAGAUCACUUCUGACUUACUGUGAUAUGCUCACAAGUACCCUUCCUGUUCGUUUUGUUCGCGUUGAAAUCGACUAUUUAUUUGGAAUCUAUUCAACAGUGGUUUUCCACUGUAUUUCAUUUGCAAAAGUUGAGAACAGCCUUCCCUACCUUUUGCAAAUAACUGAUACUCCAUAUUGGAUUCGCACAGACUUCGAUAUGGGGAGCCUAUCAAACCUACAAAUUGAUUUUCAUCCCUUCAUUACUGUGGCCUGAGUUCCCCAACCCCCCUCCCCUUUUUUUAGAUGAAACCUAGCACAAUUUCAGUUAUUUAAACAUAAAGCAUUUCUUGAAUAUGUAUGUUGAGACCAUUGAAGCUCAUAGCUGAUUCAGUAACCAGUUCAUGCUGUGUUAUUCACACUCACUACUUAUACCUGCCAUGGUGAAAAUGGGGGAGGGGGGAGUCUCCGGGUGUGUCUGGGAAGCAUUAUACACUUGUACAUUUUUUUUUAUACUCUGAUUCUGUAACAUUUCUGAGUUUCAUUUUUGUUUUACAAAAGAAAAAAAAUAACAGCGAUAAAGCAGUCAGAAGACCAAGCACCUAUCGGUGCUUCGGGUCAUCUGACCUUCGCUGGCCAAUAGACCUACAUGGCCAAAUUAUAAUUUACUAGAGUAAUAAUUUUUCAAAAGCCAAUUUUUUUUCUGUAUUUUCUGUACGAAACUGCCAAUAUCAUGAAUAGAAAGGGAGAACCAUAAAGGAAACAGGAAGUGAUGUUCAGUUGCGUUUGUGUUACCUAAAGGAGCAGUGUGGAGGCUUGCACAAUCAGCCGAUAUUUUGGGACCUGAUGGUGUUGCUUUGGAGGCAUCCAUACUUGCAUUUCGCAUUCUUCAUAUGUAAUCAUAUUGCCAAAGACAAACUAUUUCAUCAUUUAUUGUAAAUAACACUUCCCCAGACCUACCAUAAAGUUUCUGUGAUGUAUUGUCUUCCAGUUGCAAUAAAAAUUACUGAGUUGCAUCAAUUGAAGAUCAAUGCCACGUAUUAUUGUGUGCACUGCGUCUCCAUGUGCAAAUGCUGAAGCAGUAAAAUUGUUCCUAUUUCUUA